UGCCGGAACAGGCACUGCACUGAGGGAGAAGGAGACGUGCUAGCCGAGGAGGCGACAGCUCCUCUCUGACACUAAAUUUUCUCCUCUUAUUUUUAUUUUCUUUUAAAAGAAGUGCGAAUGACAGUGCGUGACGGACAACGGCACCUUUCAUGUAGUGUAAUCCGUCGAAGGUUGGACUCCAUGGAGGUCGCGGACAGCCCGCUAAACCUCGCUCAUCAGCAGUGCAGGAAGGCUGAACGACUGCUCGCUGCAGGGAAGUAUGAAGAGGCCAUUCUGUGUCACAGGAAAGCUGCAGAUCUUCUGUCUGAUGCAAUGAAGACCACCCAGGUCGAGCAGGCUCGUCUGUCCAUGGAGCUGCAAAGAGAAACCCAUAUUAAGCAGCAGAGACUGAUUCAGGAGCGCUGGAAGAGAGAGACCAGGAGACAGGCCACCAAAGCCCGGACAAUCCCUUCCGUGUCCACACCCCAGGCUCCAGAUCCAUUGCAGUGUGCUGGGAUGGGGGCCCGUGAGAGGUCCAGAGAUCGGGAGUACGACACUCUUCUGUAUCAGCUGCAGACACGUCAGAGUGGAGGUCCUCCAGCACCACAGACCUGCUCUGGCUCAAAGACCACCAAAGACGACAAGACGCGCCUGGAGGAGCAGCAGACCACCAUUGAGGACCUGCGGCGGCUGGUGGAGCACCUGAUGGAUGAGAACUUACGUUUGACCACAGAGAACGACAGGCUGAGGAUUGAGAAUGCACGUCUCCAGUCUGAGGCCGCAGACUUCGUGGAGCGCUCUGAGCUGUGGGUGCUGCCACAGCCAGGGGGCGCUAUGGGGACAGGAGUGGGGCAUGAGAAGAGGAGUACAGGGAAGGAGAUUGCCAUCCCUACACUUCCUCCCCUGGAAAUGCCCGCUCAGGAGGACCUUUGUCUGGACGAUCUUCCUCCUCUGGAGCUGCCUGAAGACAUUCAGAAUGAACUGAGGGAGUUGCUGGAGGCAGACAAACUGUGACAUACACACACGCGCAGAAGGGUCAGAGGUCAGUUUCGUGGGAACUAGGUCCAGGAGCUUGCAUUAUGUGAUAAUUGUUGGGAGCAAAUACCCAUAAUUUGACUGAUUUUUAUUAAUGCUGCAGCCUGCAACAACUUCUUAUUUGAGUUUAUUUUAAUUAAUUUAGAUGAUUAAGGUAUUAAUCAAUGUACAUGCAGCAGCAACUUGAACAGUCAGAUUAUUUGCUGCUGUUUUUGCAGGUGCUGCAGGUUUCUUUUUUUCUGCAAAAGAAACCAAUACAGACGAUUGAAAAUCAGUUUCAGCUGAAGAGAAAAGCAUCAAAGCCACUUUUUGAUGGUUGUAACUUAUUUCAUACUUGAAACAUUUUAAUAUUAACCAAGGCUUAUUUUACAGUUGUAUGAUUUAAUAUCCAGUAAUUAGAUCUUGAAAAUAGUUAGAUACAAACAGAAGGACAUGGCAUUUUGUAACUUAAAUAAACUUCAGAAAAUGUCAGUUUUCAGUGUUGUAUUGGACUAUCAUUAAACUUACUGUGGUAUAGUUGGACAGUUUUCUCUGACCACUGGUGCGUAGGAGCACUCUCUGUACAUCAGACUGUUCACAUCUGCCCCUCGGAGGAUUACUACUGUUCAGGGAUACAUGUUCUGCCAUUAAUAUCUUCUUUGCUAUUAUAAUGUGGUCUUGACCUCAGACCUGUGCACCACAGAAGAGGGAUCUAUGGUGGCAUAUUUAUUACAGAAGCAAUGAAAAUUAUAAAAGGGUCUAUAACCGUCAUGUUCAACACACACACACUUCCCAGGAUUCUUUGCACUGCCUGGAAGAUCAGUGCCAGUCCAAACUCUGCUGUGUGGGUAAUGAUUAGGAAAAUGAUUGAACAUUCUUUACUCUAAACAACUGUAACAAUUUAAUCAAUUUAAGUUUAUUAUGUUAUUCGUUUGUAAUAGACCUGAUUAUGAAAUUACUUUAUGUCCAGCAUAAUAAACUCUGUACUGUCAA